AUGUUAGAAAAUAUUGCAGGGGGAGCAUGUGGUUAUGGAGACUUGAAACAGCAAGGCUAUGGCUUACAAACUGCUGCAUUGAGCCAAGUUUUGUUCAACAACGGGCAAACCUGUGGAGCUUGUUAUGAAAUAAAAUGUGUGAAUGAUAACCAGUGGUGCAAGCCUGGGCAGCCUUCUUUGUUUGUCACAGCCACCAACCUUUGCCCACCAAACUACUCUCUGUCGAAUGACAAUGGAGGCUGGUGUAAUCCACCCAACGAGCACUUCGAUUUGGCCCAGCCAGCCUUUCUGCAGGUUGCUGAGUUUAAAGCUGGCAUUAUUCCAGUUCAAUAUAGAAGGGUUCCAUGCAAGAAGGUUGGAGGAAUUCGGUUCACAAUAAGUGGAAAUCCUUACUUCACCUUGGUGUUGGUGUGGAAUGUGGGAGGCGCGGGAGACAUAACGAGCGUGCAAGUGAAGGGUGACAAGAACGUGAAAUGGACAACCAUGAAGCGCAACUGGGGUCAAAAAUGGGAGACCAACACCGUCUUAGUUGGGGAAUCACUCACCUUUCGAGUCAGAGCAAGUGAUGGCAGAAGCUCAACUUCAUGGCAUGUUACCCCCAAGAAUUGGCAGUUUGGUCAGACCUUUGAAGGCAAGAAUUUUAAGUAG